AUGGCGUCUGGCAAUACUUCAGUGGUCAAUGCACUGGUUUCCAAAGUUUUAGCGCUUUCCAGCGGCGCGUUGAGCUGGUUUUUACAUCUACCCAUCGCACAACAGGCAUCCAUUGUGAUCCUGGCGCCGUUCGCGUACAUUAUUUUGUGGCAGUUGUGGUUUUCUAUGCGCAAAGAUCGGGUUCCGCUCGUUUUCUACUGGAUUCCUUGGGUUGGUAGUGCUGUCACUUACGGAAUGAAACCAUACGAGUUUUUCGCAGAAUGCCAGCAGAAAUACGGUGAUGUUUUCUCAUUUAUGCUUUUGGGACGUGUUAUGACGGUGUAUUUGGGACCCAAGGGCCACGAAUUCGUGCUCAAUGCCAAACUGGCAGAUGUGUCUGCUGAAGCGGCCUAUACACAUCUCACAACCCCAGUUUUUGGUAAAGGUGUGAUUUACGAUUGUCCUAACAGCAAGUUGAUGGACCAGAAGAAGUUCGUGAAAGGUGCACUCAGUACUGAGUCCUUCCGUUCUUAUGUGCCAAAGAUAGCAGACGAGAUUUAUCAGUACUUCCGCACCUCCAAGAAUUUCGAAAUGAACUCCAAAUCUUCAGGUACCAUCAAUGUUAUGGAAUCUCAGCCUGAAAUGACCAUUUUCACCGCAUCGCGUUCUUUGCUAGGUGAAGAAAUGCGUCAAAUGCUCAACACCGAUUUUGCUUAUCUGUACUCGGAUCUAGACAAGGGUUUCCAGCCUAUCAACUUUGUCUUCUCUCAUCUACCUCUAGAUCACUACCGUAAGCGUGAUCAUGCUCAAAGAACCAUCAGUGCCACCUACAUGAAGUUGAUCAAGAAGAGAAGAGAGAAUAAUGAUAUUCAGGACAGAGAUUUGAUUGAUUCUUUAUUGAAAAACUCUACAUACAAAGACGGCACGCAAAUGACCGACCAAGAAAUCGCCAACUUGUUAAUUGGUGUAUUGAUGGGUGGUCAACACACAUCUGCAGCUACAUCGGCCUGGUUGCUGUUGCAUUUGGCCGAAGAGCCAAAGAUUCAAGAAGAACUCUACAAAGAACAAAUGGAGGUUUUGGAAAACGGUAAGCUGGAGUUGACUUUUGACUUAUUACAGAAAAUGCCAUUAUUGAAUCAGACUAUCAAAGAAACUCUAAGACUGCACCACCCGUUGCAUUCGCUAUUCCGUCAAGUUACCAGAGACAUGUCCGUUCCAAACACCCCAUAUGUCGUACCUAAAGGGCAUUUUGUUCUUGUUUCUCCUGGUUACUGUCACUUGCAAGACGAAUUUUUCCCUCAAGCAAAGAAAUUCGAUCCACAUCGCUGGAAUAACGACUAUCAGUCUUCUUACGGUUCUAGUGAACAGGUUGACUACGGUUUUGGUGCCAUCUCCAAGGGUGUCUCGUCACCUUACUUGCCAUUCGGGGGUGGAAGACACAGAUGCAUUGGUGAGCACUUCGCUUACUGUCAACUUGGUGUCAUUCUUUCCAUCUACAUUAGAACUUUGAAGUGGAAGUCAUCCUCGAAAAUGAAUGGCGUUCCACAGCCUGAUUUUCAAAGUAUGGUCACCUUGCCCUUAGAACCAGCCGAGAUUGUGUGGGAAAAGAGAAACCCUGAACAGUCCAUUUAA